AUCAAUUAUGUGCACACGUUACAUUUGAGCGCGGCGCUUUUGUGUGAAAAUUGGACCGAGUCACCCAAGAAUGCGGCCAUUCUUAUGAAAACAUUCACUUGUAGUGAUUAGCAUUGUUACGUUGUAGUUAACUGAUAGCAAACAUCCACUGUAUACCGUAUAAGUGCACUGCUUUCAACAAGUGUUAUGAUGACGUCAUUGAGUUGCUUGUGUGCCAUUGGUUAGGCCAGCAGGUGCCCACAAUGGCACGUGUGCCUAUGGCUGCCAACACCUGCUUAAAAGACAACAAAACCACAAUUCUCCCUCAGACACAUAAAAAAACCAAACUUUUACCAGUUCACUUGGUUUAAAGAAAUCAUGUUUGAUCGUUUCGCGUGUGUUGCACCGGCCAUGAUGACGAGCUGUUUUUGUCAAAGAGUGUGUGAGGUGCCUCGCUGGGCGCGUGGCUCCAGCAACACUGUAGCGUCCAACCAGCCGCGGCGACAAUUACCAGAGCAUCCGGUUUGAUACUUUCACAUUAAAACUUUAAGUAGGAGCGUAGUUUGCGCUUGGCAUUUAAAAGACGAUGUUCGUGCUGAUUUUAGGUUGUUGAGGAUCAAAUUGAACCCAAAAAGGAAUUUUAAAAACACCCCUCGGCGUGUGAUUAGAUCGAGUUUCAUCAACAACAGGUGCCAAUAGCUAAUUAUUAUCUGUUUAUGUUGUAGCACUUAAACUUAGUACGCUUAGUCCGCCCCGUGCUUUAAAUCAUGAUGAUGACGUUUGUCGUUAAAUUGCCCACUUGCCGGGCGUGUGUUUGUUUAACUUCGAAAGCCCGACGGCUCCGUUUCCGGCGAGGCUCUGUCUGACUCACGUUCGUUUUACACACCUGGAGCGGCUCGCGGCGGCACGCGCGCCUCGCGCCCUUUUCAGCCGAGCACAAACGGACGCUUUCCGGCGGCGGAGGAGACGCUUUUCAGUCGCCCAACAAUUCUGUUCCUCGGAAGCUCGUGUUCGCCAUGGGGGGGCUCGCUGUCAAACCGCUCAAAUGAAGCGGACGAGCCGUUCAUUGAGAGCCGCUGCCGUCUGACUGACAGACAGGGCGUCGGGACGUGACGGACAGGUAAACAGCUGUGCGUUGAAAGCCAAUGGCCGGUUGCCUCGGACUGUGAAGUAAUGGGGCCGUUGUAGCUGGCAAAGCCGAGACUGUGGGGCGCGGUAUCGUCUGCGCUCCGAGACACUUCGGAGGACACAAGUGACGAGACCGGAGACACGGACGGAGACAGGUCUGCUUUUGUGUCGGCGGGGACAUGGCAGCGGCCAUCGCGAGCGGCUUGAUCCGCCAGAAGCGGCAGGCGAGGGAGCAACACGCUCACCGACCCACCACUCACCGGCGACGGAAGAGCCCCGGCAAGAAGCAGGGGCUGUGCAACGGGAACCUGGUCGACAUCUUCUCCAAAGUCCGGAUAUUCGGCUUAAAGAAGAGAAGGCUACGGAGACAAGAACCACAGCUGAAGGGCAUAGUGACCAGGUUGUUCUGCAGGCAGGGCUUCUAUCUCCAGAUGGGCCAGGAUGGAAGUCUGGAUGGGACCAAAGACGACAGCACCAACUCCUCUCUGUUCAACUUAAUUCCCGUGGGUCUCAGAGUUGUGGCCAUCCAAUCAGUCAAGACCGGUCUCUACAUCGCCAUGAACGGAGAGGGUCACCUCUACUCCUCGGAACUGUUCACCCCGGAGUGCAAAUUUAAGGAGUCUGUGUUCGAGAAUUACUACGUCAUCUACAGCUCCAUGCUCUACAGGCAGAAGGAGUCGGGCCGAGCCUGGUUUCUGGGCCUCAACAAGGAAGGCCAGGCCAUGAAGGGAAACAGAGUCAAGAAGACCAAACCAGCUGCACAUUUCCUGCCUAAACCGAUAGAAGUUGCGAUGUACCGAGAGCCUUCACUGCACGAUGUAGGGGAGGCGGUGCCUAAGCUCGCCGGGGGCCCGCCUUCCAAAAGCACAACCAGCGAGCCGGUGGUCAUGAAUGGCGGCAAGCCUGUCAGCAAACCCGACAAGGAGGAGACAUAGCCCCGCCCGAGCCGCCACCCCAGCCUCUUUCCCACUUCACCCAGCCAAGCAAAGUCCAGGAAAAGCCAGCGACUCUGCAACAAAUGCGACAAAACAAACUCCAAGCCAAGUUUGGACUCAUCAGCAGCAGGGAGCCUCACCAGGCACCUCGCUUCUCAUCUUAUUGGACAGAACCGGUGUUGCAGGCGGCAGGGGGCCAGAGAGGAAGAAGAUGACGACAGCCAAAUGGAAGUGGGCAGCAGUUGGACCUUCCCUUGGAGAAGACAGACUUCUUAAGACGACAACAAACAAACAAAAAUGUACAAAAGUGUCGUAUCCGCCGGUGUUUUCCUGUGACAAUCUGUUACUAAGGGGCCUGUUUUUCCCUCUUCUGAUCGUCAAGUGUUCUGUUGCCAAAUGUGCUUACUGGCUGCUGGCCUCAGACACACACACACACACACACACACACACACACACACACACACACAAGCACCACAGCUUUGAUUUGAAUGGUUAAGACACACAUGACGGCGUCAUGAGGACGCAGCCACGAGUUCGGCUCUGGCACUCAUUGUUCUGUUACAAGUUGCGAUCUGACACGUUUGGUUCUUAUGCGACAGGCACUGUCUAUCAUUCGGGUUUAUUCCUUUUGUUGGUAGCUUAUCAAAACGCUGGUUGAAGACCGAGCUGCUUGGUUGCACAGACACGGAACAGACCUCUGUUGCUACCUCCCUGUCAGCUCCCUUAAAGAAUACGAUGACCUCCUCCCCGUGGAGCUCCACUCAAGAUCUGCAGGAAGGAUUCACAUGGCUCGAGCCGACGACGUGUGUGUGUAGCGCCAAGCAAAUGAAGGCGGGGCUUCAGGCAGAAAGGUAGCAGCGUUGUUUACGUGGAGUAGCAGAGGACACAUAGAAUGUAGCGGGAAGGAAGAUGGCUUGUCAGUGCUUGGACCCUGGAAAAGGUACACAAGGUUCCAGGCGUGGUCCUCAGGGUGCGAUCGCGUGUGUACCUUGUUAGGGACAGAAAUGAGCUCCUAUUUCCUACAGUGUAUCAUGACCUGCUGCCUUCCCAAGAACUUGAAUUUAACGGUCGGAGUGGGCGUACGAAUGAACAGGGUAAAUCAUGUCCAAGUCAUCUGAUUGGAUGUGCUGUGUACAGGUGUUAUGACGUGUGACACCACGGUGUUGUAGUGAAAACCAUUUGGAACAUUUUGAUAGCUGGCGAAGGUUUGGUGACAACCGCCAAUAGCACAGAUAUUUUAGCCUCAAUCAAAAUAAUGCACGACACAGUCGAGCGUGGGGGAAGUGCACGGAAACGAAAAGGACCACCCUCCUCAGUGAAAGCAGACCAAAUAGAUUCCUCACUGUGACCGCCACCUCGGCUCCGAUCUGUUCAGGGCUUGAAAUCAAGUUCAAGACCCGGGCUUCUGGUUCAGAUGGCGGUGACCUACACUGGUAGUUGCACUUGUAUAUUCUCACCGAGGAGAUACGACUACUGUGAUCCCACUCCUGUCCUGUUAGCGCCAGCGAAAGAGACAUGCCAUCCAUGACUCAGGAUGACGUUGGAGGCUCAGCAGAUGUGAUUUCAGAAGCUGUCCCUCCCUGCGGACUGGAACAAAAUGACUGACCAAGAGGACAGAAACAAGGCUGUGUGACUAAUCAGACGAGCUGUAUCCCCUCAGCAACAGUUGGGGGGGAAAAAAAACGAAGCCGCUUGCACGUCAGGAUGGCGGCUCCAGGCUUCACUCCUCAGUGGCAGGAACACAGUACAGUCGAUCCCCGCUUUCUGCAAGGGGCUCCGUUCCGGGACCACCAACGAAUGGCAAAAAAUACGCGAGUUAUUGAUACGCUCAUAAAAAUGUCUGUUUUUGAUACACGGACACCCUCCUCCCCUUUCAAACCUUCCUGCUAAGCAAUAAAAGUGACGUCUCCCUCCCGUCUUCAAUCGCCGUUGUUCACUUGCGACAGGAUCCGGGUUUAAGCCUCACACUGAUGAAACGCAGUUAAAGAAAUGUAUCGGUGCUCACCACUGAUAGUGGAUGGAACAGACGGAAUGUGAGUCCCAGUCUAGCCUUUAGCCGGGCGUCAGGGGGCGGAACCUUUUUGGCUGAGAGAGCGUUGGAAGCUGCACAUUUUAAAAUGUGUUUCUGUGACAGGCAGAUCAUGUUUUUUUAACAUUGAAUACAACUAAAUGUGCAGACAUCUUUGAUUUGAUUCUUUGUAGUAGUUUUACUGAAGCUGUAAACUGCUUCUUACUUGCGACUUGCGGUGCUGCAUGGUUUUGAACCGGACUCCGUGUCUUUCUUUCUUUUCGCCAUCUUCUUCGUCAAAAGGUGUGGCUCUGCAGAAUUAGCUAGCUGACAAUUUGAUACUUCUUGACCUCUUAGUGACCCAGGUAGGCUAGCGCAUUAUCCAGGAAUAAUCAAGUGUGGUCUGACCCGCAAAAUAUUGGAAGGACAGUUGGCAUUGGCUCUGGAUGGGUGGAUUCAAAUGCAAAGGAAAGUUUUAUACUUUCAACGUUAUUUUUAACACUGGGAUUACGGUCAUGUUUUACUUUAAAAUGUCAGCGAAAAAAGAUGAAAAUACAUUUUAUGGUGUUAAGAAACAAAGAGAGCCAUGUCGUCAGACCAGUCAUCAGAUGAACCACACCUGGCUCCUCAGCCAAAGGUUCCCUACCCCUGCUCUAGAGGCUAGCACGGGGGCUCGAGAAGGCCUUUCUCCAAACUGUGUCCUCAUCCACAAUCCACACUACUUCUGUGUUAUUCCAGUAACGAUUUGCAACAGUGGUUCUCAAUGAUCCAUCCAUCCAUCCAUUUUCCUCCGCUUAUCAGGGUCGGGGUCACGGGGGCAGCAGUCUCAGUAGGGAAGUCCAGACUUCCUGGUCCCCAGCCACCUCUUCCUGUUCCACCGGGAGGACACCAAGGCGUUCCCAGGCCAGCUGUGAGCCUUCUCCCGACUGGGCAGGCCCGGAGCACCUCACCAGGGAAGCGUCCGGGAGGGAUCUGGACUAGAUACCCCAGCCACCUCUACUGGCUCCUCUCCAUGUGAAGGAGCAGCAGCUCCAUGCUGAGCCCCUCCCUGAUGACUGAGCUCCUCACCCUAUCUUGUAGGGUGGCUGGCUGAGGGUGGGAACAUAGAUGAGGGGGUAAAUUGAGAGCUUUGCCUUCCGGCUCAGCUCCCUCUUCACCACGAUGGUCCGGUACAGCGACCGCAUUACCGCAGACCGCCUGUCGACCUCAUGCUCGAACCUUCCCUUGUUCGUGAACAAGACCCCGAGAUACUUGAACUCCUCCACCUGGGGCAGGACCUCAUUCCCAACCGGGACAGUGCAAUCAACCCUUUUCCGACUGAUUCCCCCCUCCCCAUUUGAAAUUGUAUUGACAACCUAUAAUAAUUUACCUGUACAAACCAUCGUAUGAGUUGCUGGCCACAGCGUCGUGCAAGAGACGCUAACAGACCAACCAACAGGCAAUCAAAUGUUAUGAGCACAGCGGCCAAUCCAACCGCCCUAAUGCAUAGCACCCCCCAAACCCUGAGACACGUACAGUUACAGUACGUGUUAGCUUGUGCUCAGCUCGCUGCUCAUUUUGAGGCCGGAGCGACUGUCAAAGCCGGUGCUUACAUAGCCAAACUAAAUUUUGCGUCACACAGCGCAGCAAUUACGGUGCGUUCAAGGACUGCUGAAUAAAUUGCGAAUUCUCAACGCAUGCCAAAACAACAAUAUCAGCAAAGCGUAGAGGCAUGAACAUGUACAAACUGUGGUCUUUCUGAGAGCGGCACAUGUGUGCUGUACGCUGUGUUAGCAUGCAUUUAUCCGGUUAUUCAUGACUCAUGGUGGAAUUACCAAAUAUUUGCAAACUUGCGAGGCCGUGAAAGCUGAAUGGCAAAUGUGCAGGGAUCCACUGUACGUUGUUCCUUCCCCUGCAGUCCCGUGACCUUGAAUAAUGCAUCCGCUCUGCGACUCCAACGACAAAAAUCACAGCGAGCCUCGUGUUCUUAGGACAAAACCUGUCAAGUGUAUUUCUGCUGUUGUCUCAUCAGGACGUCGUGUUGUAGAUUCUCUAAUCGCUGGCUGAGGGUUUUUACAGUGGAACCUCUGAAGACCAACACCCUGAGGUCCUUCUAUUCACAGGCGUCUGAAGUCACUCACUACUUCUGCAUUUUGCUUUCUUUUGGGGCUUUGUUGCAACGCUUUUGGGAAAGUACACCAACAUACACCAGAAACGAAGGACUCCGGCAUCAUCAGACCAGUUUGUUUCUUUCAAAAGUCACAUUGUGACUUGAAAGGACUCACCUUCGCAAUGACUGGAAGUUGCGUUUGACCUUCGAGGCUCCACUGUACACCGCAUGUUGAGACACUCUUGAAUCUCAGCCCACCCGAGGCUCACGUGCCAUGCGCUGAUGAGGGAGGCCGGUGUUGUGCUUGUCUCGCGUCAACGAAAUAUGGAUUGUUAGCUUGUGUUGUGACACUUGUUGUAUCAUUGUUGCUAGGAAGUGAUAAGAGAACUAGCCCUGACAAUCAGGUACGUCGUCAUUGUGUCCCUUUGGAUCCAUCCUUGUCCACCGUCCACCGUCGCAGAGAUGUGUUUGUGCACAAGACGAAGGUCAGGCUUUUAUUUGGAUCGCAUUCAAAGUACUUGAAAUCUCACCAUCGGCAAAACGUUUUUUUUCAUACAUUUAAUUUCAGUUUCAUUCGAGUUGCUGUAAACGUUUAUGGUGCACAUGCAUAAGAACGCUAUCAAAAAUAGUUAAUACCAGGUCGUGGUUGUCUGCUAGUUCUUACUAAGAAUUUUCUCGUCCUUUAUUGAAUUUCCCAACACUCUGAAACCGUGCUGGGCGUAGGACCCCAGGAUCCACGGGGUGGGGGCCUUAUUUUGUGCCACGGGACGCAUUGCGUGCAAAUGUGAGCCAGUCCGAGGCAGUAGAGGGGGGGGGGGGAAGAGACGCGCAUUCACCCGCUCAUCUGUCCGUUGGUGGUGUAAUGGUACAGCUGCUGCCUUUCAAGGGAGAGGACGCAGUUUGUUUGUUUUUUUACUCUGUUCAUUUGGUAUUUGCAUUAAAAAUAAUUGAUUGAACAAAUUUGUAUCGAUUCAUAAAAAUUUGUUCAAACAGUCUAAAAAUAGCUUUCAAUGGGUCAGUUGGGUCCUAAAAAUGUGGUGACUGUCGCUGCCCAGAGAAUUCCUUGUGGCGCUGCUGCUCGUGACACAGUCUCCAGCUUGGCAGGGGGCGGCCCUGGGGGAAGGCAUGUCCUUCUAUUCAGAGAAGCCCACCUCGUCAGGUUAGUUAGCAGCAGGAUGAACGCAGCUGUGGAACAUCUGUGGCAUGUGUUCAAGAAUAAUGACGGUCCAGUGAAAAACGACCACGGACCAAAGAUGCAGAUGCAACGCCGUUUUCCAGGUUGAUAAUGACACGUCUGACGCGGGACGCAAUUACUGCGAGUAUCUCCUGAGAGGUUCCUCCCCGCCGGUGGUUAGCCCGGCACCAAAGCUACAAUUAUGAGCUUCGCACGCAGAAAGAGCGCCGGCUUUAAUUAGAAGGGAGCAAUCACGACAAACCUGGGUGACUUUUAAUUUCCACUGGUGCGCCGCUGCCAGACGCGUGCAUCGUGGAGUUGGCGUGCAGCACCGGUGCGGGUGCACAGUAGACACACAAGGACUUGCAGCUCGUCUCAUUCAGGUUCACUGUGUUCCUCUCACAGAAGAAGGCCUUAUGACGCACAAACACUCACACACUACAUGACUAUCAGUGACCCUUUGCUCCACUUAUUGCGUCGGCUGUAAGUGCAGGGAGCCAGUCCUGCAACUCCUCUCUCUGCUCGGACCGUUUCCGCUUGUUGCACGUGUUAUGGGCCAAUGACGCGGGUGGGGUGCAAGGGGGCUAAUGCAUGUGGUCAUGUCAGAAAUGUGUAAAAGAAGCAAAGCCGCAUUUAGCUCAUUUCUGCUACUGAUUUACACCAGUAAGAUGCUUGACAGCAUUUACAGUACGUCCAGAUGAAACACUCCGUAAAGCAAGCUGUGUCGUUGUAGUAAGUUGGGUAGCAAAGGGUGGCUCGUGCUGUCUGCUGUCUUUCAGUAAAUGUUCAGUUCCUCUUACAUCCACAUUAUGCAAAGAAAUUAUGUCUGCACUGUGCAGUUUGUGUCUCACCUAUUGUAUACACACAACAGAACGAUAUUAAAGAUUUGUAGAAAGGAAGCAUGGAUUGUUGAUGAAUUUAUUCCCUGCAGUACGCCUGAACAUGACUUUCUCAGUCACGCUUCGCCCCUUUCAGAGCCACCUGUCGGUAGCGUGGAAGGGAUAGUUUGGGUUUUAGUGAUAUGAAGUAGUAUGACAUCCCCACCAGCGGCGUAGCACAUCAACAGUGACUUGGGCCUGAGUGGUUAGCAUGUUGGCCACACAGUCAGGAGGUCGGGAAGACCCGGGUUCCGAAUCUCGCAUCUGUAUGGCGUUUGCAUGUUUUCCCCGUGCGUGAGUGUUCGUCACGUAUUCCCGUUUCCUCCCACGUUCCAAAAACACGCGUGUUGGCGACUCUAAAUUGUGGUUGUUUGUCUUAUGUGCCCCGCCCUGUGCCGCUUGACUGCCCCGGGGUGUGCCCCGCCUCUCACCCAAAGUCAGCUGGCUCCAGCAUUCAUAGUCUGGUCCUGUGAGCACUAAGGGUAAGUCACCGUUGAUGACGGGGAUGUCACGCCACAUCACAAUGCAAACUAUCCCUUUAAGUGAAUGAGCUGAAUUGAAUGAGCUCCGCUGUCAAUGAUGUCAUCUUAUUUGUACACAGCAAACACAAACAUGACCCAUCUCUUAUUUUUAGAGCGCAACUGCUAAGCAAAAUGACUUUUUGUUGCCACUCACGUUAUAAAAUAUUCCCGUCUUUGUGGUUGAGUUCAUUAAAUCCAGAACUCAUCUGCCACACACGCACACGCACACACACACACGCACACACACACACGCACACACAUGCACACGCAGCAAUGUGUUUCAGGUGGCGUUGAGAGCUCACUUGAGAAGCGGCCUCAUGUCUGCUUCAUUAUCAUCAAAGACAACAGACGCGGUACCGCGUGUUUGUCUGUGCACGUACACACACACACACACACACACACGCACACGCAUGCCUUCCACCAUCACGCUGGUGAAGUCCUGUUGGAACCACGCAGAUAUCCCGCUGCGUUGGUCACUCGGACCGGCGUGGCAGGAGGACGUUUGUUCCCCCGGGGGAGCGCCCCAUCCUCACGCUCAUGCUUCCCUAAAAUGAGGUUCCGGCGCAGUGACGGGAUUAUUUAAAGCAUCGGGAGCCCCGUGGCAAGCAGCCUGCUGUCAAUCACACUGAAAGGUUAACAUCAACUCUGACAUUCUUCUCUAAUUACGCUCCCCUCGCUGGAAACGUUCACACUCGACAAUAUUAGACACAGAAAUGUUUACUUGUACUCCCCUCAAAUGGACCAAUCACACAUCAGAAAACCUCAUCAGGCCUCCGCUGUCAAACCGUCAGAGGUGCAAGCUGUCAACGCUCCCGCCUCUUGUGAUGGCCUCUGCUCCCCCAUUUCCUGUCUAUUGCCUCGUUCCAUUGUCCCCCCCACCCCCCACCCCCACCCCACCCCCACCCUUCCAUUCAUUGCCUCUCUCUCCUCCCCUUCAGAGCAACAGGAAGUCUGAUGAAGCAAAGAGAAUGAGACGAGAGGUGAGAAAGCAAUCAUUUAUCUCUCAGGUGAUAAGUGACAUUUGGUGCACACACACACACACACACACACACACACACACACACACACAGGUUCAGCCAAGCAAGCACAGUCUGAAUACUGAUUCUGCCCCACUAGAGAUGCUUGUUGGGCGCCAUGGCAACCAUAAAAGCAGCAGCCAAGUGGUUUGCUGAGGACGUGCGCAUGUGCGCAUGUCUCUCCAGCUUGGACUAAUAAUAACGACAUGUUUCACUGGUGGAACCUGAACAUGACUUUCACAUACAAAAGCAGGUUUACCGAUGAUGUCCGUUUUGGAAGUGGUACACACCACCGGUCAAAAGUUUCAGAAUGCCCCGCUUUUUCCAGUUACUGAUUGAACUUCAAGUGGUUGACGUCCAGUGAAUAGCUUGAAAUGCUACAAAGGUAAGUGGUGAAGUGUCAGAGGUUGGAAAAAACAAAGGUAAGGUUACCCAAAACAGACAAAUAACGUGUAUUUCAGAAUGAUACUGUUUCAGGGACCACAAAAUGGGUCAACAAUUUAAAGCUGUUCUUCAGAAACGGAGGUUGAUCAAGCCUUGGCAGUUGGUGCAACUCAUUCAUACAGGUGGGCCACGUUCUGGGGUACUUACUACCUCCUCUGUCUGCAUAGGAACAGUGUUGGGAACACACUGUGGUACUACACCCUCGUGAGCAUCAGUUGAACAGUGCUGUACUGGAGAAGGUCAUUUGUUGCGAGAAAAAUGGCAAAAAGGGCCAUCUUAACACUUAAACAUGCAGCUUUUGUCACGAGUUGGCCUAAGCCAGUGUUUGGAUCCCAAAUGCAGAGAGGACACCGUCGUUCUGGAACAAAAGAUGGCCUCCACAGGAGUAAAAUAAUACAAAGAAGGUACACAGUCCAAUGGAAGAACUCAGCUAAGCCACAGCCAAGGAGAACUCAAAAUGUCCAGCAGGGAGAAAGACAACACUAUACAAGAGCCAACAGAAAGACCAGACGAAGAGCGCUGCUGAAAAACCAAGCAGGACGCCAACCAUACCGUAGCACAAAGGGUUCGUAACUGCUGGAGGUGGCCAGGCAGGGGAAGAACACUCGCAUUAACUGGACCAGAAAGGACGACGACCAGAAAGGACUAACACGGGGCAGGGAUGAGCAGCGAGCGGGCGAAGUCCGAGGAACAAUCUGGCAACGACUGAGUCUGACUGCCAAGCUUAAGAAGGCCAGGAGACUAAUUGCUUGCAGGUGUGCGCCGGUGGCUCCGCCUCUGCAGUUUGGUGAAUUGUAAGGAAGCGACUGUGCGGACCCAGCUGGCCGAUGUGUCCGAUGUGUUGUUUGAAGCCGUGCGGGACGGCCGCACAAAAGGACGACAAGCAGCAAUGGCGCUUUUGCAGAAUAGCCCAGCAUGUUGGUUCUUUCAUAAAAAUGUGUUUUCCUUGAAAAGCAUCUUUGAUUCACGGCUCUACGGCGUGAAAGAACAGGGAGGAUUCAGCUUUCUUUCUCGGUUUUUCUUGCAAAAGCAAACGUCCGUGCCUUCUCGCAGGCAGCGAAGGAGGAAAAGGGACAGAAGCCGUGGGAGAAGCCAAUCAGCCAGACGGGGAGAUCAAUGCAGAGUGCAGUUCCAAGACACACACACACAAAAAAGCAACAUUUUCUUGGCGUGUUUUUCCGCCUAGGUGGCCUUGGUAGCUGGCAGCGGGGCGGAACAUUUGAUUGGUGUGCACCUGCGCGUGUCACAUGCAAGAGGCUAGAGGAAAAGGAAUUUGGAAUCAAUAUGUUUACCCCCUUCUUACAGGUGCACGUGUAGAGAGUGCUGUUUGUGCACAAAAAGGAAAUGAAGUGUUAGCAAAGAGAACCCGUAGGUUAGGAGGGAGGCUGACAUCAUUGCAGCGCCCCGGCAGCAAUAACCAAUGAAAUGCUUUGCCGGGACGAAAUGCAUCAUGGGAUGAAGUUAAAGCAGCUGUUGUUUUUUAUUUUAAACUCAUAUUAGUAGUAUUAGUCCAAUGAGGUUAAUUUGGUCUAACAUUCAUGUAUUCUAACCCUGGUGUGUAAAAAGAUUUACA